AAGUAUGAAUUACUGUAUUUCUCUAUGAACGUCCUUCAGAGACUCGCUUGCCCAUGAAUCACUUUUUCCAUGGGCUCCCUUCCAACGGAAAACAUACAAUUCAACCUUUUCCUUGCAGUCAGAACCACUGGCCAGUCACUUUCUCUUCUUCAACUCAACACGGAAGAGUUCGGGCUAUUGACUACGAAGCAUUUCCAGUAGCUUAUCCUUAAGAAGUCCUUAAAACUAGACCUAUUGUAUGUUCGUGGCACUGUUACGGCUUCGGAAAACUUCACUUUUGGUCAGAUAUGUGAAGAAUAAUUGAAACCUCACUGUCAUACUGACCUGGUCAGAUAUGGAUCUACAAUUGAUUGUUUCGUUCAUAUACUGCCUUGUCCUACCACUCGUCUUAUUAACAGCUUGCCUUCUUCGUUUCAACAUACUGUCCUUGGUAUACUUUGUUUAUCUCCUGUUGCUGCCGUGGUUUUUAUGUCCCAACAAACACACGAUCAGAGGAAAUACAGGCCAUUUCAUCAGAGCAAUAUUCUGCACCAGUCUACUGUUUGUAUUUGCUCAUGUCUGCUUCCAGACAGUACUAUAUACCUACCCUCCUCUAAAUGAUGCUAUUGCUGAAAACUGUUCCAAUGUGGACAUCAUAACCAGACAUAUAGGACUGUCCAGGCUUCCGCUUGAGGAUCCUUGGACUGUAUUACGCCUUCUUAGUCCUGACUUGGUGCUAUGUGGGAUUUCCUUACUAACCAUCAUUCUUUGCAGAAGAUUGGUCACAAACAGAGAAAUAGUGGCCGCAGCUGCUAUUACAACAUUGGAAGAUGAAGAAACAGAUGACGAGGAUGAAACUGAGCAAGAAUCAGAAGAAGAGGAUGACCAAAGAUCAUUUCCAAGUGGCAUCACUCAGGAGCUUGCAACAGCAACCUUAACCAAGGAGCUGGCUGAGCAUUUAAAGGCCGUAAUCCAUAAAGUACUGCAGGACCUUGGAAAAAUCUUGGCCAUCAUCUUACUUGCCUUGGCUGGAAUUAUACUGCCCUCUGCUUUCUCAGCCAUCUACUUUUUGCUUUUCAUUGGUGCAAGCACAUGGUGGGCGUGUCACCUUCCAAUUAGUUCCCUGGGUUUCAAAACACUGUUUGUGAUGGUUGGCUUCUUCACUGCUGGCCACAUUGUUUGUCUUUACCUAUACCAGUGUCUCUUGGCCCAGGUUCUUUUCCCACCACACAGUCUGUGGGCAAGGCUCUUUGGUCUGAAAGACAUUUUAAAGCCUGGCAACUGCUCUUCACCAUAUGACUUCAAACUUAAUGCUGAAUAUGACUGGCCAGUUUAUGUAAACCCAGGAAUACUCUUCCUUCUCUACAUUAUCUCAGCAGUGGUUCUGAAGACAGGAUGUCACGGAACACUUAAUCAGGAUGAAGAGAAUCAGCAGCUGCUCAAAAUUGAAACUGAGCCAAAGGAGGAGAUGUUGGAGUUAAACUCAUGCAAUCAAAAGAGGGGUGACUGUAAAGAUGACACAGAGCUCAUGCUCUUGUGUGUGGGAGCAGACUGUCGGGAAGAAACUGUGGUUCAAGAGGGUCCACCUCAACUCGGUUUUGCUCAUGAAACUGGUGGCCAAAAGACUGAAAAGCAAUUUUUAAUGCUGGGAAAGAUGGUCAUGCAGCAGAGUUAUGUCUGUGCGCUGAUAGCAAUGAUGGUUUGGAGCAUCACAUACCACAGCUGGCUGACAUUUGUGCUACUAUUGUGGGCUUGUCUUCUCUGGAUUCUGCGCGCUAGACGACAUGCAGCCAUGCUGUGCUCUCCGUUUAUCCUGAUCUAUGGUCUGGCGCUGUGUUGUCUGCAGUAUGUAUGGGCCAUGGAGCUUGUGACUGAACUGCCUACCAUCAUAGGAAACAUGAGUCUGAGACAGCUUGGGUUGGAUAAAGCCCAGUACCCCUGCCUGAGACUGGGAGCUAUGCUCCUGUUCACUUCGACCUUCUGGCUUUUAGUGCGCCAGUCAGUCCAAGAAAUCUUCAGCAAGAGGAGGAAAAGGGCUACACCACUAGAAGAAGACAAUACAGCAGACGAGAUGGAUUCCAAAAAUGAUUAUGUGCUUAAGCUCCUGGGAGGCAUUGUGCUGAGUUUUUAUGCCAAAUAUUGGAUCUACGUGUGUGGUGGCAUGUUCCUGAUUGUCUCAUUUAUUGGAAAACUGGUUGGGUACAAGAUCAUCUACAUGCUGCUAUUUCUGCUCUGCCUCUGUAUAUAUCAGGUAUACUACCCCGUCUGGAGGCGUCUUUUGAAGCUAUUCUGGUGGCUUGUUGUGGCCUACACUAUGUUGGUGCUGAUAGCCAUCUACACAUAUCAGUUCGAAGACUUCCCUGAUUAUUGGAGGAAUUUUACUGGACUCUCCAAACAACAGCUUGCAGCGAUUGGCCUGGAGACGUUUGCCCUCUCAGAGCUCUUCACCAGUAUUCUUAUCCCUGGAUUCUUCCUGUUGGCCUGUAUUCUGCAGCUACACUAUUUUCACAAACCCUUCAUGAGAAUCACUGAUCCUGAACACGCUCCACCGAUUCACCGGAAAAGGAGCUGUGAGCCGACUGGUUCUGCUAAUGUCAGAAUGACCUCUGACUCGGAAGAAGUGUUAACUAAUCUUGUUGAUGAACAAGAUGACAAAGCGGAGCAUAUGCCUACUAAGUGGGGUCUGGUGAUUGACAGGCUUCUGGUUCUGUUCAAAAAGUUCUCAGACAUUCUCCAAAAAGCUCAAGCCUUUCUCUGGACUCUUCUAGAGAUUCACAUUAUUAAGAUGGUGGCGUUCUACUCUGUGUGGGUUGCACUUGAAGAGCCCUCUGUGUUUAACCUGGUCCUGGUGGUGUUAUGGUCUUUGGCAAUGCCUUUCAACCGCUUCAGACCAAUGGCUUCCAGUCUGUCAACAAUCUGGGUGUGUGUCAUCAUCAUGUGUAAAAUGCUGUACCAACUCAGUGUUGUGGACCCAAUGGAGUACUCCAACAACUGCACCUUGCCGCUUCUAAAUGAAACCAAUCUUUCACAAAGUGAAAUAAUGAAUUCAUCCUUGUAUAUGGCACCAGUGGAUCCAGCCAAAUGGUUUGGCAUCAGAAAGGAAGCUUCCGUGCUGGACUAUAACAAGAACCAUUUAGUACUGCUGCUAUUAUUGGUGUUUGAGGUCACAGUGUACCGUCACCAGGCACAUCACUACCGUCAGCUGCAACGAUCUCCAUCAAACAUACCUACGCUGUUCCCAAAAGUCACUAGGAAAACAUUAGACGAAGGACUGAUACCUUGCUUUAAGUACCUGCUCAAUUACACUUUCUACAAAUUUGGAUUAGAGAUCUGCUUCCUAAUGACAGUGAAUGUAAUCGGCCAACGGAUGAACUUCUUGGUUAUAAUCCAUGGUUGUUGGCUGGUAGCCAUCUUGGUGAGGCGACGUCGGGCAGCUAUUGCAAGGAUAUGGCCAAAGUACUGUCUCUUUCUGGCCAUAUUCACGGUCUAUCAAUAUACACUGUGCGUGGGUAUACCACCUGCUCUAUGUAAAGAUUACCCAUGGCGGUGGAACACCUCACUUUUAAUAAACUCAGCUCUAAUUAAAUGGCUUUAUCUGCCAGACUUCUACACUGUACCAAACUCCAAAAACCUCAUAGUGGAUUUUGUGCUUCUGAUGUGUGCAUCCCAGCAGUGGAAAGUGUUUAAGUGUGAGCAGUUGGAAGAGUGGAUUGUUCUGGCUGGAGACAAUACAGACAACCCUGAGCCGAUGGCGGGUCGAUUGUUUAAUCCUGCACCCAACUUUGUCAACUGCAGGAGUUACCUGGACAUGGCUAAAGUUUUGGUUUUUCGCCACUUAUUCUGGUUUGUACUGUCGGUAGUCUUCAUCACUGGGGCGACACGAGUCUCAGUGUUUGGAUUGGGAUACCUUCUCUCCUGUUUCUUUUUUUUGCUGUUUGGGACUCAACUGUUGGUCAAACCCUCCAGGACACGCCUUGCCAUGUGGGACUGUCUCAUCAUCUAUAAUGUGGCAGUCAUCAUAUCAAAAAAUAUUCUAUCAAUUCUAGCGUGCGUGUUUGUUUCUGAAAUGCAGAAAGGAUUUUGUUGGAUGAUCCAACUCUUCAGUUUAGUUUGUACAGUCAAAGGAUACUACAAUCCAAACCUAGUUAGUGAUGAGAACUGCAGCCUCCCAAUAGAGGAAGCUGGGAUCAUCUGGGACAGUGUAUGUUUUCUCUUCCUGUUGCUGCAGAGAAGGGUUUUCCUGAGUUACUAUUUCAUCCAUGUAGAAGCCGAAUUGCAGGCAUUUCGCAAACAGGCCUCAAGGGGGUUUGAGCUCUUCAAAGCCACGAUAAUGAAAAACAUUAGAUCACACCAACAGGCUGAGAUGAAAUCCUUAUCCCAGCUCAAGAGAUCAAUGCACAGAAUUCGAUCCAAACAGCAGAGGUACAGAGAUGGACAUAAGGUUCUUGAAGAAGACCAUCAGAGCCAAAGUUCUGAAGCGACGACAAAGCAAAAGAAAGAAGGCUGGUCUCGACCAUGGCAGGACCAUGCAACAGUCUUGCAUUCAGGAUGGUAUUACCUCUUUGAAUCAGACAGUGAGGGUGAAAAUGAAAUGUUAGAAGAACAGAAGCCUCAGAAACAAACUGCCUAUCAGUUGGCUUAUCAGGCAUGGGUGAGCAAUGUGAAAACAGCUUUAAAAGAACAUCAAAGAAGCCGAAGACAACAGAGACGAGUUGAAAUAGUUGAGGAUGAGCGUACAACACAACAAACCUCACAAGACAGUUGCUCUGUCACAGGCUCAGACGACAAUGUAUUUGAAGAUCCUCAAUUAGAGGAGCUAGAAGAGUCUGGUCGUGGAGAAAUUGUUCAGAGAAUAUUGGAUACAGUACGUUUCUUAUGGGCCAUAUUACUAGCCCUAAUGGAUGGAUUGACCCAGUGGCUGAACCUGCUGACGAAACAAUAUAGAGAAACAUCAACUGUUCUGUGCAAUGAACGCUACUUCUUCGUACACAAGAUACAGCAACCUCACACACAAGAUACAUUUAUGGAUGACCAAUCUCAACACAGCGAGGGCCCUACACAAGUAGAUACAUAUUUGAGUCAAACUGAAACAUACUGCUCAACUCAAUACAGCCUCUUAGAGGAGACCCGGACUGUAGAGGAGUUGUCUCCUUCCAAACCAAGACUCACUAGCACUGCAAACUUCCUGAGUCCUGAGCAUCUUCUUGACAACAAUGAGCUGAUAUCUGACACUCAGUCCAUACAACACAAACACUCAAGAACAGCCAGCGAAGUCCUUGGAGACAGGCAGUUCUUUAGUGAGGAGCUGGAACAGAGCAUAAUGUUCUACAGCAACCAAAACCGUCUCCUGAAGCUCUUGUUUGCCACACACAGUCUUCUGGCAGCCAACUCUGAACUAGUUUGUUAUUUCAUUAUAAUAAUGAAUAAUCUAGUCAGUGGGUCUGUGAUAUCAUUGGUGAUGCCAAUUAUGGUAUUUCUAUGGGCUAUGUUGACUGUUCCAAGACCAACCAAAACAUUUUGGAUGACUGCCAUUGUCUACACGGAGGUGAUGGUGGUUGUAAAAUACCUUUUUCAGUUUGGAUUUUUUCCGUGGAACAGUGCUUAUGAAAUGACAUUAAAUGAAGACAAACCUUUCUUCCCACCUCGCAUCCUUGGUCUAGAAAAGACAGACACCUUCAUAAGAUAUGAUCUCCUUCAAUUACUGGCUCUGUUCUUUCAUAGAUCCUUGCUCAUGCGUUACGGCUUGUGGAACCAGAAAGAUCCCUUGUUGGAACAAAGUCAUUCAUCAGGAGAUGUCAAGGAAGAUGGAGUAGGAAUUAAAGUUGAAAGACUAAACUCAGCAUCUACCUCACAAAAUCUUAUCACUGACCUGGAACAGCAUGAAACGUCCUUUCCAGAUGACUCCAUGGCAUCCCAGAACAGAAGACAUAGUAUGUCGGGGCUCAGUCAUUCCGCAGUGCUGAAAAAGGAUGAAAUGAGUUUGAGCAAUGAAGAGGUCUUAGAGGGAAUCAGUGGCCUCCACCUACGCAAGAAAUCUAAAGAGCUAAAAAAACAGACGUCCCAAGAUCGCAGCACAGACCGACCAACAAAGAAGAGGAGAUUCAGACGGAAAGAAGAAGCCGGCAAUAAAAUGCGCACUUUCACACACAAGCUAAAAAAAGUAUUUAUCAGUAGGAUCCAGAGAAUUUUCAGGCCUAUUCAGUGUUUCUUCAUUGAAACUCUCCAAGCUGACUAUCGUGUUGCCACUGAUGUCUACGCACUCAUGUUCCUGACAGAUGUAAUUGACUUCAUCGUCAUUGUUUUUGGGUUUUGGGCAUUCGGGAAACACAGCGCAGCAGCUGAUAUUGCCUCCACUUUAUCAGAGGACCAAGUUCCUGAAGCAUUUCUGGUGAUGCUUCUUAUUCAGUUCACGACCAUGAUCAUCGACAGAGCUUUGUACCUGCGCAAGGCUGUUGUGGGAAAACUUGUUUUCCAGGUCGUUCUUGUCAUUGGCAUACACCUCUGGAUGUUCUUCAUUCUACCUGCUGUCACUGAAAGGAGAUUCAAUCAGAAUUUUGUGGCUCAGCUAUGGUACUUCUUCAAGUGCAUUUACUUUGCCUUGUCAGCAUAUCAGAUUCGAAGCGGGUACCCUACUCGUAUUCUUGGCAACUUCCUGACCAAAAACUACACCCACCUCAACUUGUUUCUUUUCCAAGGUUUUCGUUUAGUUCCUUUCCUUGUGGAGCUUCGAGCUGUAAUGGACUGGGUUUGGACGGAUACCACGCUGUCGCUCUCAAACUGGAUGUGCGUGGAGGACAUUUAUGCAAACAUUUUCAUCAUAAAAUGCAGCCGUGAGACAGAAAAGAAAUAUCCUCAGCCUAAAGGACAAAAGAAAAAGAAGAUGGUAAAAUAUGGAAUGGGUGGACUCAUCAUCAUCUUCUUAGUGUGCAUCAUAUGGUUUCCCCUGCUCUUCAUCUCACUGGUCAGAUCUGUAGUGGGUGUUGUAAACCACCCCAUUGAUGUGACUGUUACCGUCAAGCUAGGAGGUUAUGAGCCUCUCUUCACCAUGAGUGUGCAGCAGCAGUCCAUCCAACCAUUUACUGAGCUUGAAUAUGAAAAGCUCACCAAAAAGUUUGGCAACAAUGCGGUAGCCAUGCAGUUCAUUUCACUUUAUGGUUAUGAGGACGUUGUCACAGCCAUGAUUGAAGGGAGUUCCGGCUCAGUGUGGAGAAUAAGCCCCCCCAGCCGCCAGGAAGUCAUAAAAGAACUGCUUGGAAGCCCUGCUGACCUAACAUUGCGUCUAUCGUGGAAUUUCCAAAGGGACUUGGGGAAAGGAGGGACUGUAGAGCACACAUUUGACAAACACUCAAUUAACCUGGAACCUGGGAACCCUGUGAGGGCUGAUCUAGCUUCUCUUUUGCUGGGCAAUCGUACGAAGCCAGUCCAUGUUCCAAAUAUGUUUCCAAAUUACAUCCGGGCCCCCAAUGGAGCAGAGGCCAAACCAGCUAGUCAACUAUAUGAAGGAGAUGAAGAAGGCUACCAGAAUAUAACCCUGUCCUUGAUGACUGACUACUCCAUGAACUCCAGUGGGAAACAGGAAUGGUGGGACAUUGCCAUUGGAGGCUGUUCCCCUUCCUUAUGUGGGGUUCUCCCUAUGAUCAUAUUCAAUGAUAAAGUCAGCCCACCCAGUCUUGGAUUCCUCGCCGGAUAUGGGAUCAUGGGUUUGUAUGUGUCUGUUGUCCUGGUCAUUGGAAAGUUUGUACGAGGCUUCUUCAGCGAAAUCUCUCACUCCAUCAUGUUUGAGGAGCUUCCCUGUGUAGACCGCAUACUGAAGCUUUGUAUGGACAUCUUCCUGGUGCGUGAGACUGGAGAGCUGGAGCUUGAAGAGGAGCUUUAUUCAAAACUCAUCUUCCUUUAUCGAUCGCCAGAAACCAUGAUUAAAUGGACUAGGGACACCUGCAGCCGAGACCAACGUUGAAACACUAACUGGCUGUGUUCUUACCUGUCAAAUUUUGGAUACGAAAAUAAGGGACAUUUUCCAGCGCUCGCUGUCCCCUCAACUAAGCUCCGGUAUCCCUUCCAUUUUAGGACAGGAGUACAAGAUAUCUAAAUAAACAACUUGUCAACAGUUUAUGAAUUAGGUGAUCAGAAUCUGAUAGGUCUACCUUUGUUGACGUUAAAUUCUGUGAACAUCACUGAGCCCCAUCCUGCUCCAAGGAAUGGACAGUCUUCCUUCGUGGCUCGUUUGCUCGGUCCAGUUCUCUUCUCAAUUCAAGACAGACACACAGACUCAUCAGAUUGCUUAUUCCUUGGACGUUUUUGAAGACUCCAAGCAGAUAACCCGGGAUGAAUUUGGCUAGAAUUUUUUGCUAGAACUCCCUGACAUAGUCACCAAGCAGCAGAAAUUUUCAUUUUUUAAACACUGACACAUCUUUACAAUGGUAUAUCGAUUCUUGGCGGGAGCAUAUCGAUGACCUUUUGGGAUACCAAGUAUUACAGAAGUGUUACAGCAUCGCAGUACAGUGGUACCUCUACUUACAAACGUCUCAACAUACAGAAAAUUCAGGUUAAGACACGCCUCAAUGGGAAAAUAUUGCCUCUUGUUACGAAAGAAAUUUCAGGAUAAGAAAGGCAAAAACACAGUAUGGCUGGUACCCGCGGCUCCUAGAAUUUACUGAAUGUAACAUAGUAAUAGCUGCUCUGCCAUUGGUUAUUGCCUAGCAUUCCUGGCAUCCAGUUGGCUAAGAGGGACUUCUACUGUAUGUGUAUGUGUGUAUCCCAGCAUCCUCCUCAUUCGCCCCUCGUGUUCCGACAGCUUUACAUGAGUGUAUUAACUUUUAUUCUUUAUUCUUGUUUUUUUACAUUAUGCACAACUGAGAUUUUAUGUUUAUUGUGCAAUAAUCUAAUUGUAACAUAUUUGUUACAUGUUUUGAUGCAUUUUUAUGCAUUACAAAAGAUGUCUGAAUUUUGGGGGCUUGGAACGGAUAAGGACAUUUACAUGAAAAAUAUGUCUUUACUUACAGAAUUUUCCGGUUACAAAACUACUACCAGAACCAAUUGAUUUAAUUAAGUAUAGGUACCACUGUAUAUCACAUUUCAAAAACAUCCUAAAACCACCAAAAUGCAAAGAAAACGGCUUUUACCAGUUAUACCUGGCUAUAACACACAACAAAAGACAACAGGUCUUACACGUGCAGUAGGUUACUGCAUUACACUUACUGUAACAGGGCAUACACAAGAAACUGAUUGUGAUACAAAAAUCUUUUUUCAAUUAUGUGCCAAAUAACAGUUAACAAAAACACCAUUAAGCACACCCUCCACCUCCUAAUUUAUACAUUAACAUGGAAGAUGUUCUGAACCUCCCCAUCAGAGCAAAUAAAAAAAAAAGUCAACUUUUUUUCUCUUAAAGAUCUGAUCAAUUUCCUGUUUCCUGCAUUGUCCUUUCUUAUUUCAUUAAUUUAACACGUUGUCCGUUACCUCUCUGGUUUGUCCAUUUUUUUGUUGUUCCAGAAAAUGCUUGUGCAUUUGAACCAAUCAGAGCUAACUAUCCAUGCUAAUCACAUUAGCCAAUUGAACAAACAACUGAGUUCAGGGUUGUUUGGUGUGCGCAUGUGCAUAUCCACACAACUCGUCAGAUACACUGUGACUGACCUAGUGGACAUAACUCCAUGGUAUAAAUAUCAGUGUAAACCUAUUACGACACACAAGCAUUUUAUUUAGACUUGUUGUUAACACAUGUUUGUGAAUCUGACGUAAGUGUAUUGUUUUCUUGGAGAUGCUGGUGGUGGCAGCCUGGCAGGUAAGUAAUUUAACACAAAAUUGUCCGAUAAUGACUUUUUAACCGAUAUCCAGAUACUGUCCAACCAAAAAUCCGAUAUGGAUAUCAAACCAAUACUGAUAUAUGUGGUCAUCGACAGAACAUAAUAUUGCUAAUUGCAUUGUGAUGCCCCACUGCAUGCUUUAAUAAUGAUAAACGUAACAACUUAUUACAAAUAAACAUUCUUUGAAGAAUAAGCUGUGCUAAGCUGUGACCAACCCCCUUACAAAGGCAGAAGGCUUCUACAUUCACUUAGGCAUAUUAGCCCAAAACAGACUUUCCCCACUCUUACCCCUGCCGAUAACGGCGAUCUUGAUGUUGUCCAACUUCAAAAUCCGAUAGAUAUACAAGGUCGUGGACUUUACAUAUUCAUGCUAAUUGUAUUGUGAUGCCCCACAGGAUGCUUUAAUGAUGAGAUGGCAAAGAAUUACAAAUACAGGCAGGCAAUCAUUGAGCGCAUGGCUUAAAGUGAGGGGAAAAAAUUGAU